CUUCUUUCGUUUACAAUAUGUCAUGUUCAAAAAUAUUUUUAGGGGAUUUGCCCGAAUUAACUUAUGAAGUUACAAAAUAUUUUCAUAAUGAUUUUUCAACUUUAUAUUCAUGCGUUUUAGUUAACAGAUUAUGGUGUCGUUUAGCGAUUCCAUUAUUAUGGGAAAACCCAUUUUCAAUCCGUACCAGAAACUAUAAACAUUUAGAAAUUUACUUACAAUAUUUAAAUGAAGAUAUUAAAACACAAUUAAAAGAAUAUGAAAUUAUUAAUAAUUCAUUACCUUCAAAUACAUUCUUCAAUUAUUAUAUAUUUUUAAAAUAUUUGAAUAUAUAUAAGUUUGCUUAUUCUUUUGAAAAGUGGCUUAAAGAUAUCAAUAAAACUUCACCCUUCGAAAUUAGAUUUAAAAUAUUGAAUGAUAUAUGUACAGCAUUAUUUAAAAUAUUUAUCGAAAAUGAAAUAAAAUUACAUACUCUUGAAAUUGAAAUUUUCACUCUUUGUAAAGACACAAUUUAUGAUAAUAUUAUUAAAUUAAUUUUAAAAAAUCCAAAUUUCAUUAAUAAUAUUAGAAAUUUAAAAUAUUAUGGGUAUGAUUGUUGUAAUAGGAUUAAUGAUAAUAUAUUACAAUUAAUUAAAUCACAUCAAAAUCCAAAAAAAUUUUUAUUAACAGGAUGUAUUAAUUUACGUUCAAAUGACUCAUUAUUAUUAUCAAAAGAUUUUAAUUUUUCAAAUACCUUAAAUACAAUUAUAUUUUAUCGAGCUAAUUUGAAGCAUUUAAUUAAUAAUAUAUUCGAACAAUUAAAUGUUUUAGAAUCUGUUCAUAUUAUUUAUUGUUAUUCUUUAAAUGAGAAUUUUUCUCAACAAAUUAAUAAUUUAAUUAAACCAUUUAAAUUAAAAUCUUUAUUUAUAAAAGAGUUACCAGAAAUUGAAUCAAUGGAAUUAUUAUUACAAAAAUCUGGAAAUUAUUUAGAAAAUUUUGGGUGUAAACUUGGAUUAUUUGGAUUAUUAUUAAAUCAAAGAUAUUCAGAAUUAAUUAUUAAAUAUUGUAAAAAUCUCAAAUUUUUUGAUUUUCAUGGAUAUGAAAGUCAAAUUACUUAUCAAAGUUUCGAAAAUAUUAUUAGACAAAAUCUUAGUUAUCUUUCAAUCAAUAUUGUGAAAGAUGGUUAUGAUAAUAUUGAAGGUAGUUCAAUCAUAUUACAAAAUUUAGGUCAAGCUCUUCCUUCUAAAUUAGAAUACUUAAGUUUAGUUCUUACUAUUAACAGAAGUGAAUUUAGAAUAUUCUUACAAAAUUCAAAAGAUACUUUUAUUAAUAAAUUAUUAAUAAUGCAAAUAGGUAGGGAUGAUAUUUUACGUUAUACAAAGGAAUUUAUUAUGAAUGAAAAAAGAGUAAAGUAUUUAGCUAUUAAGAGCAGGUAUAAUGGAGAUUUGUAUGAUUUGGAAGAUGAAGUAAAGGAAUUUAAGUUACAUAAUAUUAAAGUUAGAAGUUUUAAUGAUUUAAGUUUAUCUGACAAUUUAAAUAGUAAUCUUAUUGAUUAUUUACAAGGAUGAAUAUCAUAUGUAAUUUAAUUCAUGGCGAUUUUAUCAUAUGACAAAAAAUUGGAUGUUUCCUGUA